AUGGAAGAGCAACAAUCUAAUCGAGUUGUCAUAACCGAUGUUGAUCAUGAAGUUCUUCAAGAGAUGCUUCAGUUCAUUUAUACAGGUGAAUCGCCGAAUUUAGCAAAAAUGGCAAAUCAUCUUUUUGCUGCUGCUGAUAAAUAUGCUUUGGAAUCGUUGAAAGCCUUAUCCGAAGAAGCAUUGUUUUAUGCAUUGUCAAUUGAGACAGUAGCUGAGACUUUAGCUUUAGCUGUUAUGCACAGUGCAGAAAAGCUAAAAGAGAAAACUAUCGAAUUUUUCAAAAAUCAUUCCAAGGACAUUGUUAAAACUAAUGAAUGGAAAAAUUUGGCAAAAACUAAUCCAAUUGUAUUAGCUGAAGCGUUUGAAGCAUUACUUACACAAAAUGACAAUGAUCAAAUAAUGCACGAUGAAAAAAUAGAAAUUACAAAAUAA